AUGCAAAAGAUGCUGGAAAACUGAAGAAUCUGCAGGACAUGGAGGAUUUUUCUGAAGAACAGAGCUCAGUUUAACUGUUCAGAACAAACAAGGGACUCAUGAACAACCAUCACAAAACAAAAGACAGUCAUCCAGCAGGUCUCGCUGUCUGUCGGCCUGAAAAACGGACCGCGGACCAACACAAACGAGCAGAACGAGGAGCGGUGCAUAGAGGGACGACAAGAUGCCGCACAACUUCCGGCCCGGGGAUCUUGUCUUUGCUAAAAUGAAGGGAUAUCCCCACUGGCCGGCCCGGAUUGAAGAUGUUGCAGAAGGGGCUGUCAAACCUCCGCCUAAUAAAAUCCCCAUUUUUUUCUUCGGGACUCAUGAAACAGCAUUCCUUGCACCCAAGGACCUUUUUGCAUAUGAAAAGUACCAAGACCGAUAUGGGAAGCCCAACAAAAGGAAAGGGUUCAACGAAGGCUUGUGGGAAAUCCAAAACAACCCUCAUGCGUCCUAUAGCACACCUGCACCUGCAUCAUCAUCGGACAGCGAGGACAACCAACCUGCGCCGGGAAGUGAUGCAGAAGAUGACGAGGAAGCAGUGGUGCCGAGGAAAACUGAAACAGCAAGUGAUGAUUCUGACUCUGGAAGUGAGAAUCAAAGGAAGACGGCAGUGAAGCGGAAAGCACCUGCUGCAAAGCGGCCACCAGUGAAGAGAUCACGGGCAUCAUCCAGUGAUCGAGAUGGAGAGGAGAGUGGAUCUCCCUCAGAACCCGAACCAUCACCCAGCUCGGACUCUGACUCCGGCAAAAACAGCGACCAGGACUUCACGCCACAGAAGGAGUCGGGCGGUCGAGGCGGCAAAAAGCCAGCAGGCAGAGGCAGGAGGAAGAAGGCCUCAUCUGGCUCCGAUUCAGAAUCAGGCUCCCAGUCAGAUCAGAGGGCCGCCAGGAGCGAUUCAGAAGACGAGAAGCCCCGGCCGGCCGUCUCUGGAUCUGAAUCGCAGUCUGGAUCCAAAUCCGACUCCGAUUCAGAACCUCCUGCUCCUCCUGCAAGGAAAGGCCCACAAGGGCGCAAGAAAGCGGAGAAACCUCCGCCAAAGCCACGAGGAAGGAAACCCAAACCAGCUCCAGACAGGGCUCCUACAUCUUCAUCAGACAGCGAUAGCGACAGCGAGACGGACCGCGUCAGCGAGUGGAAGAAGAGAGACGAGGAGCGGCGGAAGGAACUGGAGGAGCGAAGGAAGAAAGAGGAGGCUGAAGAACUCCGCCGGCUCCGGGAACGAGAGAAAGAGGAGGAAGAGAAAAGGAAAAAGGAGAAAGAGAACAAGGCCAGGAGAGAAAGCAGCAGUGGCAGCAGUAGCAGCAGCAGCUCAGACGAUGAAGUGGAUGAUCACCCUCUCAAAAAAUCCAAGAAACCUCCGCCUCCCCCGAUCCCUGCACCUUCAGACUCCGACUCACCACCACCUGCAGAGGUGAAGAAAUCCGCCAAACGUCAAGACAGCCAGAAAGGGCGGCAAAAGAAAGAAAAGGAGGCGAAAGAGAAAAAAGAGAGGAAGAUCAAAGAUAAGAAGCCUCAGAGAUCAGAGGAGAAACACAAAACGAGGCCUAAGCCCGAGAAGCCGAAACGGAAGUCGGCGCGUAUACCUGAGAAGAAAGUCGAGAAGAAAAAAGAACCCUCACCUGAAGAGAAACUACAGAAGCUCCACACAGACAUCAAGUUUGCACUGAAGGUUGACAACCCUGACAUUGAGAAGUGUCUGCAGGCCCUGGACGAGCUCAGCUCAGUUCAAGUAACCACUCAAAUCUUGCAGAAGAAUGCAGAUGUUAUUGCCACACUCAAAAAGAUUCGCCGAUACAAAGCAAGCAGUGCGGUUAUGGAGAAGGCCACUGCAGUCUACAAUAAACUAAAGCUCCAGUUCAUUGGCAAGAUUGAGACCAGUAAACCAAAACCAGAUGAAAAGAACCCAGAAACCAACGAGCAAGACACACAAAACACAGACGACUCCAAACCAGUGAACGGCGAAUCAGAAAAUGAGAAAAAAGAUGUUUCUGAAUCCGAAAGCAACCCCAAACCUACAGACCAAGAGAAACAGGAUGAGAACAAAUCCCCGAACGGUAUCAGGCCCGAGCCUGAUGAGCCAGAUGAGCCAACAGAGCAGCAAACACUCACAGCUGAGUCCACAGAGGCCGAUCCGGCAGCAGACACAGACGGAAAAGAGGACAGCAGAGCGCAGGACGAGCAGAUGUCUUCUGAGAGCUGAACGUUUCACAAACACACUUUGGCUUCCUUCGUUCAUUUGUGUUACUUUUUGUCUUCCCACCUUUGUGACCUACAUGAGUUUUUCGUGUUGUACAUAAAACGUGAUAUGAACAUUAUUAGCACUUUUGAAUCGGGACGUCAUGAGGCAAAACAAGCGCCUUAAUCUAAAUGUUCGAUGUGGAUGAUUCUGCACUACCCACAUUUGGUCAAUCGAGGGCGAACGUUUUAUUUCAGAACCACGCUGACGUCUAGGAGGAAAAACACCGAAGCCCAAUUGUAUUUGAAGACUGUGCUUGUAUUAUGUAGCCGCUUUUUAUGAGUAAAACCUUUUUUCCUUUUGUUUUUUACGAAAAAAUAAGGAAAAUGCUAAAAAAAAAAAAAAAAAGGUAAAAGAAAGCAGUCUGGUUUUGUGUUGAUUGACCCACUAAGCCAUACAGCAAGAGAUCAUGAGGUUUCAUCAUCAUCAUCAUCAUUAUUAUUAUUACUGCACAAAUCUACAUCUGAUCUGUCUGGUAUGGAUUUCAAUAACCUUCAGUGUCUAUGGACUUUCACUAAACUCUGUAGACUGUUUGUUGUCUGUUUGGUAUUCUAAUAAUAACAACUUACAUCUGCAUAGGUUGACCCAAUAAUGCUAUUAUUUUCUUGGAUGUCAUAAAACAUGCUUAUCAUGCUUAUUAUAAACAUGUUUCUAGUGCUAUGUAACUUGGUCGGAGAUUUUUUUUAGUAUCUGUGAAGGAAUAAAUAAAAAUUCCGCAUGAUGGCCACAA